CGCCGACCCCGCAGAGACCGCCGAGCAGCCGAGCAGACGCCGCGCGCACCCCGACACAGGAAGCACACCCGGAAUGUCACGAGCCCUGCUGAUGCUGUGUCCCGCCCUCCUGGUCCUGCUGGCGUGUCUUGAGCGGGCCGCCGCAGACGACGUCAUCAUGGAGAAGAGGGAUAUGGACUCGCCGUUCCUCAAUCGAUUGUUUGAAGCAAAAAUGAAGAGACCCUUCUGCAACGCCUUCACUGGGUGCGGCAAGAAGCGGUCGGACGAGAGCGUGGGCACGCUGCUGGAGAUGAACUCUGAGCCGGCCGUGGCGGACCUCAGCCGGCAGAUCCUGUCCGAGGCCAAGCUGUGGGAGGCCAUCCAGGAGGCGCGCGCAGAGCUGCUCGCCCGCCGCCGCCAGCACGAGAUGCAGACGAACCGGCUGGCAGACUUCUCUCGCCCACUGGCUGUUGCGCAGUACCGCAAGAAGAGGGCAGCUGCCCCGCCCACUCCUGUGCAGGGCAUGAAGCCGUGGCGCCGGUAGACGGAGCGCGGCCCGGUCCCGCCAGCGGUGGCAGCUACCGCCACAGCCCGGCACGGCGACCCACCGCACCGCACAUAUCUAGAGAAGAGAAAGCACUCGUAGUGGCCCGCUACACUGACCCUCACCCUGCCCUGUACUGUAAAUAAAGCAUCGGACGCAGAUCUCGUGUGCUAGUCAUUUGUAACCUCCCCAUCCAUUCGCCCUGCAUCCCCAGUAAACUUCUGGGUGUGGAGUUCUGUUCCUCUUAUGUUAUAGAGGAGUUACGCACUGUCUCUAGUAAAUGUCGUUUCCUAAUAUUGUAAUGUUUACUUGUGUACUCUGCAUGCAUAAUAAAAUACGUUCCUGUACUGUAA